AAGUCGCCAUUUUAACCUUACCUCUUGAUGAUAUAAGUCGACUAAUAGUUAUUACUAAAUUCGUUUCAUUAAAUUAAUUGUCGUUGAUUAAAAUUGUUCGAACAAAUUUUCAUUCUUCUACUCUGACCCUUAGUCAUUUGUUUAUUCGUUUAAACGUUUUCGCCGCCGUCUUCUAGUUUUUUUUUCUCCAUCUUCUUUCUUCAUCUUCUUCUCUCUUCUUUCUUGUUUAAAUCGUUUUAUUUUCUUUGUGGCAGUGACAAUGAUGUCCUAUAAACUCUGUUAACCAGUCUUAACCUCCUCUAACUAAAAAUCACCAAUGGCAACUACCGCCUUAACCAUUAAUAACCAGUCUAAACUGGCAUUCAACAAUGUUUUCAUUUUAACCACUGACCUCGCAAAUCUUAGCUCAAACAUCAUCAUCUUAAAUUCAACUUCUUUAAAUACAAAUAAUCCUUGUUUCAUUGAAUUAUACAAUAAUUAUCCUGAUUUAAAUCUAAUACCGUCUAUACCAGGAUGACAAAAUUUGAUUCUCAACCCUCAUUUGAGGAUUUCAUGAGUGAGGAUAAAUUACCACCGGUUUUUCCUUCAUCACAAUCUUCAAAUGUCUCGGAUACUCAGGUUUACAGUCAACAUCUUAUCUCGGAAGUUUGUGAUCGUGAAACCUAUGGACCUUUCGGAAUUGAAAUCAAAGAAACUGGAGAAGAUGAUUUACUUAAUUUCAUCAGUUCUUCUCUUGCUUAUAGCCCUAAAUCUAUACCACCACACUCUCCUUCUGAUGGAAGUUCAUCUCCUACUUUCAGUUCAUCUAUACUUGAUCCUUUGGAUAUGGCCCCAGGCCAGUUAGAUACCGACGACAUGCGCGAAGAUAAUAUUUUAAAUGUCGAAAAUGUGAUUCCUAUUAUCAAGAAUCAUGAAUACAUGCAGUAUCUGGAUGAAUUUACGGGAACCUCUGAUAUUGACUUUUCAUGUUUAAUCCCACUUUCACCGAUAUCUACUCCAACACCAACACCAACACCAACACCAACACCAACACCAACACCAACACCAACACCAUCACCACCACCAGUAUCAGUACCAGCAUCAGUACCAACACCAGAAGCAACGCCAUCACCUUUAUCAGUUCCAAUAGAAAGCUCAGAAAGCAGUAGUAGUAAAAAGCCUUCAACUCGUGGAAGGAAACGAAAGUUAUUUAGCAAUUGUGACGCAAAGAAAAAGGAUCAAAAUAAAGAAGCAGCUCGUCGAUAUCGUGAAAAAACGAAGCAACAAGUUGCCGAAUUAGAAGCUGAAGAAAGUGAACUUAUCGAAAAAAAUAAAAAACUACAAAUGGAACUCGAAAUAUUAACUAGAACUCAUCGAGAAUGCGUUAUCUGGACAAGAGAUUUUCUCAAAGAAAAAAGAAGAAAAUAACUUAUGGAUUUUUUUUUUGAAUUUUGGAUUAAUUUUUUUUUUCGUCUCUUUAAUUAUACUCUAGCAAUUUAAUUUUUUAAAAUUUUGAUUUAUUAUUAUUAUAAUACAAUUUCCAGUGCUUAUUCUGCACUUGCACUAAUUAACUUUGUUGGCAUGAUAUUAUUCAUCCAGUUUGAUUCUUCUUAUUGUAAAUUCUAAAUUUAAAAAUCCUCAUGUUCACAACUAAUUAAUGAUUAAACUUGCAAACAAUUAACCUAAA